UAAUCGCAAAUCGUCAGAAAAAAUCCCCGCCGGCAUCUUCAAGAGACGCAAUGACCUCCAGUAAAGUUGAGCUGCGUGGAGAGGUGAAGAACGACCCGGCUGCGCUCAUGGCAUCUCUUCAUCUGGUGCCCUCGCCGGUACCCAACCCUGAAAUCAAGUACACUAAGAUUUUUAUUAAUAACGAAUGGCAUGAUUCUGUGAGCGGUAAGGUCUUCAGCACAUACAACCCGGCCACAGGGGAGAAGAUCUGCGACGUCCAGGAAGCAGAUAAGGCUGAUGUGGACAAAGCUGUGCAGGCUGCGCGUUCGGCCUUCUCUCUGGGUUCAGUAUGGAGGAAGAUGGAUGCAUCUGAACGUGGAAAGCUGUUGUUCAAGCUCGCUGACCUGGUGGAGAGAGACAGUGCCUACCUUGCUACCCUGGAGUCUCUGGACACUGGGAAACCUUUCCUCUCCUCGUUCUUUGUGGACCUUCAGGGAACCAUUAAAACUUUUCGAUAUUUUGCUGGAUGGGCAGAUAAGAUCCACGGUUCCACGAUUCCGAUUGAUGGCGAAUAUUUCACUCUUACCAGACAUGAGCCCAUUGGAGUGUGUGGACAGAUCAUUCCUUGGAACUUCCCCCUGGUGAUGACAGCAUGGAAACUGGGGCCAGCGCUGAGCUGCGGGAACACUGUUGUCCUGAAACCUGCUGAGGAGACCCCUCUCACUUGCCUCUACAUCGCUGCUCUGGUUAAAGAGGCUGGGUUUCCACCGGGAGUCGUCAAUAUUUUGCCAGGCUACGGGCCAACCGCUGGAGCCGCGAUCGCUUCACACAUGGGCAUAGAUAAAGUGGCGUUCACAGGAUCGACUGAGGUAGGCAAGCUGAUCCAAGAAGCAGCAGGAAAGAGCAAUCUGAAGAGAGUCACGCUAGAGCUCGGGGGAAAGAGUCCCAACAUCAUUUUUGCAGAUGCUGAUUUUGAGCUGGCAGUCGAACAGGCCCAUCAGGGUGUUUUCUUCAAUAAUGGUCAAUGCUGCACUGCUGGUUCCCGUAUCUUCGUGGAGGAGCCCAUUUAUGAUGAGUUUGUGCGAAGGAGUGUUGAGAGAGCGCAGAGAAGGACAUUGGGCAGUCCGUUUGACCCAACCGCUGAGCAGGGACCUCAGGUGAGUGCGGAGCAGCGCAGUCGUGUCCUGGAGCUGAUUCAGAGCGGCAUCACUGAGGGAGCUAAACUGGAGUGUGGCGGCAAAGCUCCCCCUUCUAAAGGCUUCUUUCUGGAGCCCACAGUCUUUUCUGAUGUACAGGACCACAUGCGCAUUGCCAAGGAAGAGAUAUUUGGGCCAGUUCAGCAGAUCAUGAAGUUUAAAACCAUUGAAGAAGUGAUUGAGAGAGCUAACAACACAGAAUAUGGUCUGGCAGCAGCGGUCUUCACCACAGACCUCAACAAAGCCAUGACGGUCUCUACAGCUCUGCAGGCCGGCACUGUGUGGAUCAACUGUUAUAAUGCCCUGAGCUGCCAGUGUCCUUUUGGAGGAUUUAAAAUGUCCGGGAAUGGUCGUGAAUUGGGUGAGAUCGGACUGAAAGAGUAUACAGAGGUGAAAACCAUUACAAUGCAGAUGUCAGGGAAGAAAUCCUAAAGCACAAAAAUGUACGUUCCUGACAGCGGGAAGUCUUCCUCUGAGGUUAACCACUAGCCAUUAUCCUUUGGUUGUCUAUAGUGGUAAAACACCACACACAGUAACCACCCAACACUUCUGCAUUGGAGCACCUCUCCUCCUGCAUCCUCAUAGGCUGUUAUCAUUCAUCUCCAUCCCACGUCCACUAGCAGCUCCACAUCCACCGCCACAAUUAACUGCCUACACCCAUUCCAGCUGUGACCUCCUGUCGCCGGCUCCACUAACCAUACUAAAGCACUCGGAGUCAUGGUGAAAGAGGGCUAGGCUUUUGACCACUGCACCAGCAAUGUGCAGACACUAACAGACUACGACCACUCUCUCUGAGACCACAUGGCCCACGGAGGUCUGUUGUGUCUGAGGGGUGCCAUUCUCAAACCUCAUAAUUAACUUGCCUUUCCACUGGGUACAAAUCUAGUAGGCAUAUUAGAUUUUACUAAGACCACUGAAGCGCUCUGUCUCAGAAAGAAAAAAAAGCUGUUUUCUUUGUAUUAAAUCUUAAAUGUAUGUAAUUGCUUUGUAUUUUUAUUUUUCAUUUCAUUGUUUGAUUGUUUUACUUUGUAUAAAUGUGUCAAUGUCUUGACCAACGUAAACAAAAAUGAUUUACCUCAAAAAGAAAAAAAAUAUAUCUUUGGUGUGUAAUUUUGGACAAAUGGUUCUACAUUGAUGCCCAUUUAUUGUUAGGUGAAUAUAGAAGUUCAAGUAUAGAGUCAUUUCUUCAUUAAAAUGUUUUACUGAAGGUGAUUUUCUGGUUGUCUUGUUACAGAUUUAUGACUGGAAAGUUAUGACUGAGAAAAAGAAAUCAUUAGUAAAAAGUAAAAAGUUCCCUGAACAGAGAUCCUUUGCUAGAUGGAUUUCUGCUUCAGUUGUUGCAUUUUCCAUAUGACUCUGAGUAUUCAGAUUUAUGUCAAACAGGGUGAGAACAGAGUGAGUCGGAGAUUGUUUGGUAAGAGUUCUUCAGAUAUGAGCAAUCGAAGUUAUAGAAGUUGCAUUCCCAAAGACAAACAGACACAAUGGAUUUUCCCAGCAGCAUCUUUAGUCAGAACAAUACACUUGAGGAAAAGACUUUGCUACUUUACACAACACUGGUCAGGAUCUGGAAGAGCAGAGAAGGACAGCACCGAGCUUUGAACUAGACCACAGAAAGACCACUACAGUGAUUGUUGGCCUUCCUGUGGAUCACCUGGAAAUUAUUCUGAACCAUUUCCUUAUGCGCUAGUAUGUGACAACAACUGAAGAACAAAAGUGGUUUGUUUCACCUCAAAAGAAAGUGUUGCAUGUUUUCAAGUGCGAACCAAUCAACACAGGAAAGUGUUGAAAGGUUGCAGGCGAAAGGCCUUAGAAGGAUUGUUUAAUCCAUUUGACGUUGUUGCACAAUGGUGUCAUCGACCCUUCCCUCCUUAGGAGUCUGUUUAACAGUAUUUAUAAUUCUCUGGAGUCUCAUAUGAUUACAGUGUACCAAGUUCACACCGAUAUUUCUACAUGACAGUAGUGUACAAUUGCUGGUUAUAUGUUAGAAAAACACAAUAAAUCAAUAAAUGGCAUUAUUACUGA